AUGAACACCUCGGCCGGAUACAUCCCGACCUCCGACGCUAUGGACAGGCACGAGUACGGCGUCUCGAAGAACCGGAAGACGGCUUCAACGGGUGGUGGCCGAGCCUGGAGUGAGGACGAGGAAGUAUAUCUCCUCCAGACUCGGCUUCAGAAAAUGCCCUACAAGCACAUCGCCGCGCACUUGAAGAAGACAGAGCUUGCCUGCCGUCUGCACUACCAUCAGCUUAGCCAUGGCAGCAACCGGCGGAAGCGGACGACUUCGAUGUCUUCGGGCUCCUCAACAGGAGGACAUUCUCCGACCUUGCCUGCAUCCAUGCCGUCUCCGAUUCAUGAGCACCCAGGGACUCUUUCGCGCUCCGCCUCACCCCCGGGGAGUGCUGGCUCGUAUGGGCCAACGUCUCCCAACAGUGUCCAGCUUCCGGGCAUCAUGUCAGCAUCCACAUCGACAAACGCCUCUCCAAGACUCCCGACAAUCUUGCCGAAACCUGCGUCGAUGACCCUAGCUCCUGCCAGCGCGGGUGCUGCGGCUGUCGGAUCUCCCACCGCCCAUGGCUACCCGACUCCGCUACCAGAGCCGCAUCCCCAUAGCGCCCCGUUGAUGGCCUCGGCACCCUUCCGGAAUGCUAUGACCCCUACCAGCGCAGGGCCGCCGCACUCAGCCCAUACAUCGACUGGUGCCCCGCCGCCCCGCUUCCCCGGCACCCUUCGGUUGGACUGCUCGCCCCUUCCGCCACCGCCGAGCAGCGCUGGUCUCUCCGCCCACGGUCCCAGCUACAUGCAUAGCCACCCCGUUGACAUGGCCCGCCUCAACGCCAUCUACACGGCGCACCGCGCUAGCUUCUGGGCUGCAAUCGCCGCCGACUACGGCGGAGGUGCAAACCCGGUCGUUCUGGAGCAGGCGUGGCGCAACCCAGUUGGCGGCGGAUCCAACCCGAGCAGCUUCGCAGGCCAGACGCCAAUCACCCCGGUAGGCAGCCCGGGCGAGCAGGUGUACAGCGGCAAGGCCGUGGGCCAGGACAAGACGCGCAUCAGUGCCAUCCUUGGCAUCGACGCGAACCCGCGGAGCCCCAGGGAGAGAGAAAUGGUCAGGCGCUUGGAGGAGAGGUGUACGGUCGGCGCUGUUAGCGCCUAG